CAGCCCAGCUGGCAUAUAAGCAAGUCGCUCAGACAGCUGGGAGCAGCUAGAGACCGUUGGGCGGGUGGCGUGGGACGCUUGCCGUGCCGUGCCGUGCCGUGCCGAGCCCUCGACGCCGGGCCCCAUGGCGACGCCUUCGCAGAAGAGGAGCACCCGCAGCGGGGCGGCGGGGACCCCCCUGUCGCCCACCCGCAUCACGCGCCUGCAGGAGAAGGAGGACCUGCAGGAGCUCAACGACCGCCUGGCCGUCUACAUCGACAAGGUGCGCUCGCUGGAGCUGGAGAACGCCGGGCUGCGGCUCCGCAUCACCGAGUCCGAGGAGGUGGUGAGCCGCGAGGUCUCGGGCAUCAAGGCCGCCUACGAGUCGGAGCUGGCGGACGCCCGCAAGACCUUGGAUUCGGUGGCCAAGGAGAGAGCGCGGCUGCAGCUGGAGCUGAGCAAAGUGCGGGAGGAGCACAAGGAGCUGAAAGCCCGGAAUGCCAAGAAGGAAGGGGACCUGCUGUCCGCCCAGGCGCGCCUCAAGGACGUGGAGGCCCUGCUCAACUCCAAGGAGGCCGCGCUCUCCACGGCCCUGGGGGAGAAGAGGAACCUGGAGAGCGAAGUGCGGGACCUGCGGGCGCAGGUGGCCAAGCUGGAAAGCGCCCUGAGCGAGGCCAAGAAGCAGCUGCAGGACGAGAUGCUGCGCCGCGUGGACGCCGAGAACCGGCUGCAGACGCUCAAGGAAGAGCUCGAAUUCCAGAAGAACAUCUACAGCGAGGAGCUGCGGGAGACCAAGCGCCGCCACGAGACCCGCCUGGUGGAGAUCGACAACGGGCGGCAGCGGGAGUUCGAGAGCAAGCUGUCCGAGGCCCUGCAGGAGCUGCGCAGCCAGCAUGAGGCCCAGAUUAAGCUUUACAAGGACGAACUGGAGAAGACCUACGGUGCUAAGCUGGAGAACGCCAAGCAGUCGGCCGAGAGGAACAGCAACAUGGUGGGUGCUGCCCACGAGGAGCUGCAGCAGACCCGCAUCCGCAUCGACAACCUCUCCUCCGAACUCAGCCAGCUGCAGAAGCAGCUGGCAGCCAAGGAAGCGAAGCUGCACGACUUGGAGGACGCUCUGGCCAGGGAGCGCGAGACCAGCCGGCGCCUGCUCUCCGACAAGGAGCGGGAGAUGGCCGACAUGCGGGCACGCAUGCAGCAGCAGCUGGACGAGUACCAGGAGCUGCUGGACAUCAAGCUGGCCCUUGACAUGGAGAUCAAUGCCUAUCGCAAGCUGCUGGAGGGCGAGGAGGAGAGGCUGAGGCUGUCUCCUAGCCCCUCUUCCCAAAAAGGAGGAUCCCGUGGCCAUGGAAUCCACUUCUCCACCCCGGGCUCCUCUAAGAAGAGGAAGCUUGAAGACAGCGAGAGUCGGACCAGCUUCUCCCAUCACGCUCGGACGAGCGGACGUGUUGGCGUGGAGGAGGUGGACUUGGAGGGCAGAUUUGUCCGUCUCAGGAACAAGUCCAAUGAGGACCAGGCGAUGGGGAACUGGCAGAUCAAGCGGCAGAAUGGAGAUGAUCCCCCCAUCACCUACCGCUUCCCCCCAAAGUUCACCUUGAAGGCUGGCCAGAUAGUCACAAUCUGGGCCUCAGGGGCUGGAGCAACCCACAGCCCUCCAAGUGACCUGGUGUGGAAAUCCCAGAGCAGCUGGGGCUCUGGGGAGAGCCUGCGGACUGCCCUGAUCAACUCCAACGGCGAGGAGGUGGCCAUGCGGAAGCUGGUCCGCACUGUGAUCAUCAACGAUGAAGAUGAGGAUGACGAGGAUAACGAAGUCAGCAUCCACCACCGCCAUCACCACGCCAGCUGCAGCGGCUCUGGUGACCCUGGCGAAUACAACCUGCGCUCGCGCACGGUUGUGUGUGGCACGUGCGGCCAGCCGGCCGAGAAAUCGGGAAGCCAGAACGCCGGCAUCGGCACCAUGUCCUCGGGAUCAUCCACCUCCAGCGUGACUGUCACCCGCAGCUACCGCAGCGUUGGCGGCUCUGGAGGCGGCAGCAGCAGCCUGGGGGACAACCUGGUCACCAGGUCCUACAUCCUGGGGAGCUCCAGCCCCCGUCGGCAGGCUCAGGCUCCGCAAAACUGCAGCAUCAUGUAACUUCGUGGCGCCAUUCCCAUGUUUCCUGGCCAUCUCGAGCUAGUCUUUCCCAAAGCAAAAGAUUUUUUUUUUCCUUAAAAAAAAAGUAAAAAACCAAGGUGGGGUUUUUUUGUUUUCUAUAGCAGGAAUUUUAUAUAUAUAUAUAUAUAUAUUAAAAAUGCUAAAAGAUGCUUUGAUUUUUUUUUGUAAAGAAAAAUCUAUUUCUAUAAAAAAAAGCUUUUCAGCUUCAAACUUUUUUUAAAACUUCAGCCAAAGACACCGAAGAAUUGUUUACCAAGCAGCAAUGCAGAAACAGAUUGUAGUUUAAUAGCUCUGUAGAUGAUAUCUUUUUUUGCCAAAGCUUUUUAUAUAGGACUAGGAGAAGUAAAGCCAUCCUCAGCGGUGCCGGGCAGGGGCCGAGCCCCCGCCGACACAACCCAGGGAGCCACCCCGGCCGCGCUCGCAGGCACGUGCCUUGGAGGGUCGUUGUCUCAAGGAGAGCAAAAGCGCCUUUGCAACCCUUUGUUUUUUUUAAUUUUGUUUUUUAUUUGGACCCCAAAUCCUCCUUUUUUGUGGGUUUUUUUUUUCCUUCCCCUGCAGGGCCGGCUCAGGGGGCUCGCGGCCCCCCGCUUGGGCAUUUCCUUGCUGCCGUCCUCCUGUGCUUGCUCCACUCCGCGUGGCACUGCUGCCAGCGGGAAGGCCGGUAGCUCACUCCAUGUAUUCCCAGGCAGAGGCACCUCUUCCCACCCCCCCCCUUUUUUUUUUCUUUUUCCUCUUUUUUUCAAGCAGCCAAGUUGUGCCUUAAGGAGGGCGCAGAGAGGCUGCGGGUGCCGCUCCAGGAGCUGCGGUCCUACGAGCCCCCGCCGGCAGCAUCGCGCCCCGCAAGGGAUCGAGGUUAGAGCGAGCUGAAAUCCAGGGAAGCUUUCCCGGGCCCUGGGAGCAGCCGGGAGCCGGCGGCCGAGCCCGCAGGCCGUGGGGCCUCCAGCCCCGGCCUCCGCGGCGGUUUUGCUUCUCCUUUUCUCGGCAGUGUUGGGUCUGGCUCCCAUCCGCCAGCAGGAGCCCGGGAGCUCAGCCCAGCGGCAGGACGAGGGUGCUGAGUCCAGGACAGGGCUGGCUCGCUAGGAAAGAGCAUUUAGGGGUCGAGGGAAAGGGUUUGGGGGUGCAGCACAGGCAGCUCCCCCCCCCCCCCGCCACGAGGGCCCGUCCAGCCAUCGGCAGAGAUCUCUGCUUUUUUUCCCCUCCGGUUGGGAGAAGCUCGCAACAACCCGCCGCCGGCUCCAGCUCUGCCCGGGGGCAGUGUCCCCGCCUCGGCCGCCGGUGGGUGCACCCGGCGAGCCCGCGCACCGCUCCGCGCUCCGCGAAGCUUCUGUAUUACCGCCUGUACUUGCACCCCGAAAUCAAUACAGCGAGAACCCUUCCCA